CGGGCUGGGCGCGCAGGCGGCGAUGAUGGGGCGGCCAUGGCCCGGGCCGGCAGCUCCAGCGGCAACGCGGCCGCGGGCGAGCGGGCCGGGGGCGCUGGGCGGCCAGAACCGUGGGAGCUGUCCCUGGAGGAGGUGCUGAAGGCGUACGAGCAGCCCAUCAACGAGGAGCAGGCGUGGGCCGUGUGCUUCCAGUGCUGCCGCGGGCUGCGGGGCGCGCCGGGCGGCCGGCGGCGCAUACGGGACACGGCGGACAUCCUCCUGCGCAGGGACGGCUCGGUUAGCGCGCAGCGGGAGCCCGGCGCGGCUGAGUCCACGGCGAUGGUGUCACCGGCCAGCUCGGAAGCCCAGGUGGUUCAGUCGCUGGGCUUCGCCAUCUACCGCGCGCUGGACUGGGGGCUGGCGGAGCACGUGGAGCGCGAGCUCAGCCCGCAGCUGGAGCGGCUCAUCGACCUCAUGGCCAACAGCGACUGCGACGACGAUGGUGGUGGCGGGGCAGCCGACGAGGGCUAUGGGGCCCCCGAGGAGGAGGAGGAGGCCGAGGGCGGCCCCCGCGCCGUGCGCACCUUCACACAGGCCAUGCGCCUGUGCGCCGCGCGCCUGACCGAGCCCCGGGGCGCUCAGACCCACUACCAGGCCGUGUGCCGCGCGCUCUUCGUGGAGACGCUGGAGCUGCGCGCCUUCCUCGCCAGGGUCCGAGAGGCCAAGGAGAUGCUGCAGAAGCUUCGGGAGGAUGAGCCGCAGUCAGAGAAGCCCCUGAUGGAGCUCGACAGCCUGGGGCGCACGGACUGGGCCCGACUCUGGGUCCAGCUCAUGCGGGAGCUGCGCCACGGAGUGAAGCUGAAGAAGGUGCAGGAGCAGGAGUUCAACUCCCUGCCCACAGAGUUCCAGCUCACCCCCUUCGAGAUGCUGAUGCAGGACAUCCGCGCCAGGAACUACAAGCUGCGCAAGGUCAUGGUCAACGGGGACAUCCCUCCCAGGGUGAAGAAGGAUGCCCACGAACUUAUCCUGGACUUCAUCCGCUCCCGGCCUCCGCUGAAGCAGGUCUCAGAGAGAAGGCUUCGCCCCUUACCCCAGAAACAGAGAACGCUGCACGAGAAGAUCCUGGAGGAGAUCAAGCAGGAGCGCAGGCUGCGCCCCGUGGAGGGCAGGCACUGGGACGGGCGGGGUGAGCGGGGUGAGCACGGGACACCCCCUCCCCUACCCCUUGCCUCCCCUCCGCCCCCCAACCCGUCCUGUCCUGUCCUGCCUCACCUGCUGCCUGCCCCAGGGUUCGGCUCUCUGCCCUGCAUCCUCAACGCCUGCUCUGGGGACGUCAAGUCCACUUCCUGCAUCAACCUGUCCAUCAUGGAUUCCGGGAGCACUGCCCAGCGCCCGCGGCCCCGGGUCCUGCUCAAGGCGCCCACAUUGGCUGAGAUGGAGGAGAUGAACAUAUCUGAGGAGGAAGAGUCGCCGUGUGGGGAAGUGACACUGAGGCGAGACCGCUCUUUCUCGGAGCACGACCUGGCCCAGCUCCGGAGCGAGGUGACCUCUGGCCUACAGCCCCCUGGAGGCCUGGAGCGGGCUCGGCCGCGUACGGCCAGCGUGCAGUGCUGGACGCCCAGCGCCCAGGAGCCGGGUUCUGUCAGCGUCCAGUCCCGGCCUGACCCCAGCUCUCCGCCACGCAGUGACCUGGGCUCAGUCGAGGAUGGGCCUGGGGCCUCCGAUCACCGGUGGCUGGAGUUCAGCCACCCCGUGGAGAGCCUGGCUCUGACGGUGGAGGAGGUGAUGGACGUGCGCCGUGUGCUGGUGAAGGCCGAGAUGGAGAAGUUCCUGCAGAAUAAGGAGCUCUUCAGCAGUCUGAAGAGGGGGAAGAUCUGCUGCUGCUGCCGGACCAAGUUCCCACUGUUCUCCUGGCCGCCCACCUGUCUCUUUUGCAAGAGCAUGCGGGAUCUGAGUUCCCCAACCAGAGAUUGAACCCCACGCCCCCUGCAGUGGAAGUGCGGAGUCUUAACCACUGGACCACCAGGGAAGUCCCGUGGACAUUAAAAGUUUUGAACUGCAUUUCAUAUGCUGCCAAAGUUAACGACAUGGAAAAGGUAAAGAAGAGACCGAUGGAACCUCUAGACGUGAAAACUGGAAUGUUUGGGAUGAAAAUUACACUGGAUGAUUUAUAGCAGAUUAGACAUUCAGAGGAAUGUGCAGAAGAAAAGAUUAGUUAACUUGAAGACCGAGCAAUAGAAACAUUAUCCAAAACAAACACACUGAGAGAAAAGAAUAAUUUAAAAAUGAAAAAAGGUGUUGGCAAGCUGUGGGAUAACGUUAAGAAGCCUAAUAUAGGUGUAAUUAAAGUUCCCAAAGAUGUGGGGGCAGGAAAAGUAUUUGAAGAAAUAACAGCUAAAAAGGUUUUCCAAAUUUGAUGAAAAAUAUAAACCUACAAGAAACUCAGUGAACCCCAAGCACAAGAAAUAUGAAUAAAAUCACACCAAGACACAUAAUAAUUAAAUUGGUCAAAACCGGUGAUAAAGAGAAAUUCCUAAAGUCAGUCAGCAAAUAAAGACAUGUUAUGUACAGAGAAAGAGAUGACUGCAGCUUUCUCAUCAAAACAUUGCAGGCAAGAUGUCAGCGGAACAACAUCUUUAAGGUACCGAAAGAAGAAAAAAAAAACGGUCAAUCUAGAAUUCUGUACCCAGCAAGAGGCAAAAGUAAAGACAUUUCCAGAAAUACAGAAGCCAAAAAAAACGUUCUUCACCAGCAGACCCACACUGGAACAAAUGUUAAACGAGGUCUUCCACGUAGAUGGAAAAUGACACCAGAUGGAGAUCUGAAUGUACACAAAGGAAUAAGAGCACUAGGAACAGCAACUCCUAACAUAUAAGAUUAUCUUCUUAUACCUCUUUAAAGGGUAAACCAAUACCCAGCAACCAACAAGGUAAAAUUCAGUGUCCAUUAUCCAAUCAAAGAUUACCAGGCAUGCAAAAAAUUAAUAAAAAUGUAUUUGGGGGGUUAUCACAUAUCUGUAAGUAAAAAAUAUAACAAUAGCAUUAAGACCAGAGGUGGAGGACUGUAAGUAUGCUGUUAUAAGUUUUCAUAUGAGAUGGUAAAAUAUUACUUGAAGGAAGACUGUGAUAAGUUAAAGACUAUACUAUGAGCCCCAAAGCAACCACUGGAAUGGCUUUUAUGUCAACAAAGAAGAUAAAAUGGAAUCAUAAAAAAUACUCAAUACAGAAAGCAUAAACAGGAAAAGGGAACAAAGAACAAAUAGGACAAAAAGAGAACAAAUCACAAGAUGAUAGACUUAAACCCAAUUAUAUCAACAAUUACAUUAAACAUAAAUGGUGUAAACAAUCCAAUUAAAAGGCAGAGUUUCUCAGAUGGAAUAAAGAAAGCGAGACAAUCUGCUGUCUACAAGACAUGUAAUUUAUUUUUAAUUUAAUUUUAUUUUUUGGCUACGCUGCACGGCUUGCAGGAUCGUAGUUUGCCGACCAGGGAUCAAACCCAAGCCCCCUGCAAACCCAAGCAUGGAGUCCUAACCACUGGACCGCCAUGGAAUUCCCAAGACAUGUACAUUAAAUAAAAGACACAAACUGGUUGGAGGGAGGUGGGUGGAGAAAGAUACACCACACCAACAGUAGUCUGAAGAAAGAUUGAGUUGUUAUAUUAAUAUGAUACAAAGAAGACUAUGGAGUAAAGAGUAUUAUCAGAGUUAAAGGAGUUCAUUUCAUAAUGAUAAAAGGAGGAAAUUAUCCUGAACAUUUUCCACACCUAGCAAGAGAUUGAAUAUACAUGGAAUAAAACAUUGACAGACUGCAAGGAAAAAUAGCUAAAUCCAUGGUUAUAGUUAGAGAUAUGAAACCCUAAGGGCAUAGGAGAUUUGAAUGACACUAUCACCAGCUUGAUCUAAGUGACAUUUAGAGAAACUAGACCGAACAGUGGGAUGUAUGUUCUUAUCAAGUGCACACGGAACGUUCACCAAAAUUGACUAUUCUGGGUCAAAAAACAAGUCUCAAAAAUGCAGAAGGAUUCCUAUCAUACAAAGUAUGUUUCCUGACUACAGUAAAAUGAAGUCAAACUAAUACAGAGGUUUGUUGAUGGCGAAUUAAUUCUAGAACAUCCAUGCAAGAGUGCAUGGUCCCUUGUUUUAAAAAAUGAAUUUGGACAAUUUGUACUGAUGUGGAGAAGAGCCCUGGUGUAUCUUUAUAGGA